AUGUUAAGUCAAUACGAGCCUCUGGAAACACUUGCGCCCGCGCUUUUCGGGCACGUCCAGAAGUGGCGACACGUCCGUACCGGUGACUACGUGGCUGUCAAGCGCAUGGAGUUGCGUUUCGCAGCACGGAAACGCUGCAAGGGCUUGGAACAGGUGGUCGAAGAGGAUCUCGUUGCGGAAAUCAAGACAAAUUUGCUCAUUCAGUCGCUCGGUGGCCACCCGAAUGUGCUGCCACUGCGCGAGUGUAUCAUGGAGGACACGGCCGUGCUACUGAUGCUCCCGUACUGCCACCAGGGCGAGCUCCUGGAUGUGCUCAAUACAAAAAGAGCUGCUGGGCUUUCGCUCCCAGUCCGUCACUAUUUCCUGCAGACGUUACAAGGGGCAGCCUUUCUCCAUGCCAAUGGGAUUGCCCACCGUGAUUUGUCUCUAGAGAAUGUAUUGGUAGACGACCAAGAGUGCUGUUACAUCAUGGACUUUGGCUUGGCUGUUCAAUGUCGAGGGAACCUGGUCGUGAAACCGGUGGGGAAACUGCGGUACAUGGCGCCUGAACUCUGUGCGGCCUGUACGUAUCAAGAAGAUUCGUCUGUGGACGAGUAUGAUCCAAUGGCAGCAGAUGUGUGGGCUCUUGGGGUGAUGCUGUACGCGAUGGUAGCGGCUCGGUAUCCCUUCCGUGAACCUUUGCGAAAAGACGAUCGGUUUCGGUCGUUAGAAGACUUUGGAGUUGAGUAUUUGCUGGAAAAAGACGAGGUGGAUGUACGGGAGGAGAAGGACGUGGUGGAGCUUUUGAAGCUUCUGCUGGUUGCCGACCCGGCCAAGCGUCCGACACUUGCAGAGCUCUUGUCACACUUGGCACUGCCUACCGAAGACCAUGACUUUGUGGCGACAGCAAAGCAGAUGGAGCUACACGACGCUGCAUCGUCACCCACGACUGUUACAAGCUGCCAAGAGACUCGACAGCCUACAUGGUCGAUUGGCCACUUUACGACGGGCAAGGGGUCGCUCGCGUCCGUGACACCAUUGUCCGAGGUGGAAAAGCACAAGCAAGUUCUUGCUUGUUCGAGUAUAAAAGCACCCGUUGGUAGUGUAGCUUCUACUCCUGUUGCUGGCAACGUCGGGGGUAAACUCCAGUGUUUGGGCGGCGGAUUGUUGCGCAAGGUUUUUGCAGCAGCUCGCGCGUAA